AUGAAACUAAUUCCUGAAUACUUGGAAAAUGAUGAGCAAGAUUUGUUAAAAAUAAUAAAAUGGAAGAACAGUAGUUCUCAACGUAACAAGCCGAAAUUGAAAAAUGAAUAUUGGGAAAAACUCUUUGGUGGAGUAGUUGAUAUUUUACAGUCUACCAACAUCAAUGAUGAUAUUAUUACAAUUGAAUAUGUCACUACAGAACACAAGUAUCGUCUAGRUAAAACUAACUUUCUUGAUACUAAUGGUUUAUUUCCUACACCUAAUCUAACAAUUGAAAUUUAUGAAGAAUUAAUUUCUUUAAUAGCAAACAAUGUUAUGACUCAAAUUAAAAAUGAACUUAAAGAUGUCAUGUAUUUUUCAAUAACUAUUGACUCUGUGCCAGACACUGAUCAAUCAGCCAUUUAUGUUCGGUAUGUAGAYGAUGAUGGUAUACCAAAGAAGCGUUUUCUGGAUAUUAUAAAUAAAAAAGGAGACGAUGCUUUACAGUUAAUGAAUAUACUUCAUGAGACAUUAGAUAAAUAUGAUUUAAACCGCCAAGGUUUUAUGGGGGUUUCAUAUAAUAUGGAUAGUAACAUUCCUGCAUACAGAACAAGCUUAAAGUCUUGCCUAAAAUCAAUAAACRAAUUAGCUGAAAUUAUGCCAUGUUCAUCGGAUUCUCUAAGUUUAGUUGUGAUUAAAGCAGCAUCUUCUUGCUAUGAAGGUGAUAAUUUUUUUACAGCAAUUGAUGAACUAUUUUACUUUUUUUUAUUUUUUCAACAUCGGUGGGAUGAUGUUGAAUUUUUGUUAAACAAUUUGCCUUAUACAAAAUUUUCAUCAAAAAACAAAAUAUAUCGGCGUCUCAACAAAAAUUGGUCAAUGAUAGUAUAUGCAUUGUUUCAUAUAUCUGAAAGUAUGAGUUUUCCAAGAAAAAUGAGUGUUAAAGCUUAUUUACUUUUAAAGAAGGUAAAACGAUUGGAAACCUGUUUCAUAACAAUGUUUUGGGAAGACAUUGUUGGACAAAUUACAGAACUUGAAGAGAAUUUACAUAAAAAUAAUCGUUUAGAGCAACCACAAAUGAGAUUUCCUGUUGAUGAUAUAGACGAAGAMGAUAAAUUUAAAAUUAAUACUUACUUUUUCAUGAUAGACAAGAUUCAAACUGAAUUAGAAUAUAGAAAAGAAAUUUAUUGUGAUUUAUCAUCAAAAUUUAACUUUUUAGAUAGCAUCUCUACAAUAACAGAUGCUCAAUUAUACCAUGAACUUGAAAAUUUACAAAAUAUAUUCUUGGAUAUAUCAUACCAUAUUUCUACCGAAUGUAAUGAAUUGAGAAGCAUUUUGAAUCAAACUAAAACAGACCUCACUUCUAUCAGAGAAAUCACUACCCAUUGUCAUAUUGAACAUUCCUCCAUGUCUGUAUUGACUGAUGUUAUUACUUCAUUGAAAUCAAUAAAGAACAAACACACCUAUAAUACAUUAAUACAUAUAAAUAUGGAUCAACAACUUCUCAAAUACUUUGACUUCAAUUGUGUUAUUAAAGAAUUAGCUCACAAGAAAUCAGCUGAAUCAUUAUAA